AUGUAUUAUUACUUACUCCUUGCAGUGUUGGUAGGCAAAGAAGCGGGUUUCCAGAACUCAGAAGCUGACACGGUGGAGAGCCCUGGUUUGGAGCCGGGAGGCCUUAGGGACUGGGCCUGGGAGAAGGGAAGGAAUGAGGGGCGUCCAAGAACAGAACUCAGCUCAGCAGUCACAAGGCUGCAUGGAGGCCAGGGUCUGGGGAAAGGCCACCCCGACCGGAGCGCAGGGGCACGGGCGGACGGACGCACGCACCGACCGACGGAGGGAGCCGACCGAAGCCCAGCGGCCACUAGCUCCGCGCGGGUUCCAGCAAGGCUUGCACCCCGCAAAGGCCGGCGGCGACCGUGCCCCGCGGAAUCUCCCGCGCGCCUCCCGCCCCAGCUCCCGUGCCCGCGCCCCGGGGCCGCUGCCUCCCAAGUAAUUGUUGCCUCGUAG